GCCUUGGAUAACGGCUGGUCAGGUCGUAUUUUCAGUGUUUUUAAAAUCGCAGCGCGGAAUUGUUUAAGAAUGAAAUAGUUUGUGCAAUUGGUAGUGUGUCUGUGGUGGUUAUAUACACUCUUGUUAUGUGGGUUGUAAAUAUUUAAGAAAAUGAAGAAACUAAUCAAACAUUAAUACUGAGUUCGGUGUCAGGAAUAUGCGGUACCGCUAAAGGAUUAUGAUUGUAAAUGAAAACAUAAAAUUCGUUGAAUUUAUCGUGAGUGAAAUUGUUUCAUAGCUGAAUUUGCAUAAGAAAAAAAAAACACAAACAAAACAAACAAAAAAGGAAUUGCAAAUUUGUGUAAAUUUUACUAAAAAGAGGAAAAGAAAAAAUUGAAUUCAACAUUUUGAGUGUUCACAGAAAUUUCGAUUUUUUUUUUUCAAUUUCAAAUUGGAAUUAUGGAAUAAUCCGGCAUUAUUUUACAUAUACCCUCCUAAACCAGCGCCGUUAUUUUAUACGAAAUGGAUAAUAUAGUGGUGGUUUAUCUGAUCCUUGCAAGUGGUUUGAUGGAAAUUCAAGGAUCAAAUAUACCACGGAUAACAGAACAUCCAAUCGAUACAACGGUGCCGAGACAUGAACCCGCCACGCUAAAUUGUAAGGCUGAAGGGUCACCCUCGCCGACCAUUCAGUGGUACAAGGAUGGUGUUCCGUUGAAAAUCUUACCAGGAUCUCAUCGCAUUCUUUUGCCAGCUGGAGGAUUAUUCUUUCUCAAGGUUGUAAAUUCUCGUAGAGAAAGUGAUGCUGGAAACUAUUGGUGUGAGGCGAAAAAUGAAUUGGGGGUGUCGCGCAGUAGAAAUGCUACGUUACAAGUAGCAGUCCUGCGCGACGAUUUUCGACUAGAACCACAAAAUACACGAGUAGCCCAAGGUGACACAGCACUACUAGAAUGCGCUCCACCACGUGGAACACCGGAACCAACUCUUAUCUGGCGUAAAAAUGGACAAAAACUCGAAGUUGAAAAUUCUAAAAGAAUUCGAAUUGUCGAUGGAGGAAAUUUAGCCAUUCAGGAUACUCGACAAACCGACGAAGGCCAGUAUCAGUGUGUUGCGAAAAAUAUUGUUGGUGUUCGUGAAUCGACAAUAUCAUCGUUGAAAGUUUAUGUAAAACCAUUCCUGGUGCGAGGUCCUCAUGAUCAGACGGUAGUUGAAGGUUCAUCCGUGACAUUUCAAUGUAGGGUCGGCGGAGAUCCUUUCCCAGAUGUAUUAUGGAGGAGAAGUGCAUCCGGUGGUAAUAUGCCUCUAGAUCGGGUUCAAAUUCUUGAAGACCGUAGUCUACGCUUAGAAGACGUAACUGUUGAUGAUGAAGGCGAAUACAGUUGUGAAGCUGAUAACAUUGUUGGUUCAAUCACAGCUAUGGGAUCACUUACAGUUCACUCUCCUCCAUCAUUCGUUAUUAGACCAACGGCCCAAUCCAUUGAAGCAUCCAACGAUGCAUCGUUCGAAUGCAAGUCAAUGGGAACUCCUAAGCCCACAAUGUUUUGGUCAAUUGAAGGCAAUCGUUCGCUGAUAUUUCCUGGCGUCAAAUUAAAUAAUUUCGAAGCCAAAUCGACACCAGAGGGAUUGACAGUGUUAACAGUGUCACAGGCAAAACGUAGCGACAAUGGCCUGGUAAUAAUAUGCAGUGCCAUCAAUUUAGUGGGAUCGAUAAGUGUUCGCUCGAAACUUACGAUAACUUCGCAAGAAGAUCGACCACCUCCGAUUAUAAUCCAAGGUCCGGUCAAUCAAACACUGCCAGUGAAAUCGGUUGCGUUGUUAAAUUGUCGAGCCAGUGGAACGCCAACUCCAAUAAUAUCAUGGUAUAGGGACGGCAUACCAGUUAUUCCAUCGCAUAAGAUCAAUAUCACCGAAUCGGGGCUGUUAACAAUUGUAGAUUUGGAUAAGGACACCGAUCAAGGCCUCUACACGUGUGUUGCUAGUUCUCGCAGUGGUAAAUCUACUUGGAGCGGAUUUCUUCGAUUAGAAAUACCAACCAAUCCGAAUAUCAAAUUUUUUCGAGCACCAGAAACAUCAAAAAUGCCCAGCGCACCAUCGAAACCGCAAGUUAUCAAUGUUACGGACGACAGCAUAACAAUCUCAUGGCUACCAAGUAAUAAAAUUGGUGGAUCAGAAAUUAUUGGAUAUUCGGUGGAGAUUUUCUCAAAUAACAUGAGCAAAGGCUGGAUUGAAGUGGCCUCGAAGGUUGUCGACACAACGUACACUCAACGUGAUUUGACAUUAGACGCCACAUACAUUUUCAUUGUACGGGCUGAAAAUUUGCAUGGAGUCUCAAAUCCUAGUCCUAUGUCGGAUCCUGCUGUUGCCGGCAAGCAAAUCAUUUUCGACGAAGACAUUGUACUAACUGAAGCGCAGGCGGUCUUGUCUUCGGGUGAUGUUGUUGAACUAUUGGAAGCAAAUGCAACCGACUCUACCAGUGUUCGAUUAGCUUGGGAGAUCAUUAAUGGACAAUUCGUUGAAGGAUUUUACAUUUAUUCUCGGGAAUUAUCGUCGAUCGGUGGCUAUAAAAUGUUAACAGUUCUGCACGGUGGUGGUGCUUCGGCGUGCACAAUUUCAGGCCUCGAUAAAUAUGCGGAGUACGAAUUUUUCUUGGUACCAUUUUACAAGACCGUUGAAGGUCGACCAUCGAAUUCGCGACGUGCAAGAACGAUUGAAGACAUUCCGAGCAGUUCACCCAUUAACAUGGAGGCUAUUUUAUUGAACUCGACAGCUGUGUACUUAAAAUGGCAACCACCACCAAAUCAAACCAUCAACGGAUUGUUGAAAAAUUUCCACGUCAUUGUUCGAGGAUUCGAUGCGCACAAUAUGUCGAAAAUUCUUACAAACAUGACGGUCGACGGUACAAUACCAUCGUUGCUUCUAGCAAAUCUGUCAUCCGGAGUUAUGUACUCCGUCAGCGUGGCAGCUUCUACUAAAGUGGGCAUGGGUCCGUAUAGUUUGCCAGCGAUUUUGCGAUUGGAUCCACAUACCAAAAAAUUGGAUCAAGGAUAUACGAGAUAUCCAAUAAACCACAAUUUAUCCGAUGACAUUCUCACCCAAACGUGGUUCAUUGUUUUGUUGGGUUCGAUCAUCGCGGUGAUUGUAUUCCUUUUCGGAGCAAUGGUCCUCUUCAAACGUAUUCAAUUUAUUAAACAAACUUCCUUAGGCAGUAUUCAUGGAAAUCACGCAAUUGGAACGGUAAGAAAAUUUCCUACACUGCCAUUGAAUUCGAACGGUGUGUGGAUUGAUCCGGCAGGUGGAAUUUGGAGACAGGCAUCAUCGGAUCAUGGACAAUCCACUGUCACACGAAAAGAUCAGAUACCGGAUUAUGCACAAAUUUCUGGAGCGCCAAUACUUCCGCUUCCUGACUACGAACGAUUAACUCCCCUAAAUAUGCCAGACUAUGCCGAGGUAGCCGGAUGUUCGACAUUCAAAAAUCCAACCUCACCCCUAUACGAUAGCUGUGGAGCCUAUGCGACAACAAAUCUCGUCAAAAAUGCCAACAUUUUCACAAAUAAUUUUCACAACAACAAUAAAAAUAGCAUUUAUUCAGCACCAACGAGUUGCCAUUACAACGUCGCCGAUAGGGAUGGUGUGGGCGGCAGUGGUGGCAAUAGUAAUAAUGGCAACAUUGCCGGCAUGGGACAUUCGUUCGCAUACUCUGAAUCGAAUUUUCCAACGCACAAUAAAGCUACAAAAAUGAAUAUAAUUGAAAAUAAAAUGGACAUGAUAAAUAAUCUAAAUCGUUCAUCGUCAUCAGCUAGUGUGCCGAUGAAUGGCUAUGGUGGCGGUGUAAUUGGUGUGGGUGGAGGCAUGAAAUGCGGUUCGGUCGGUACAAUUCGACGCAAUCGUUUACCCAAACUUGGUCAUUGUGAUAAAAUAAGUUUCGGUGGUAGUGAUAAUGGAAGGACAUUAGAGCAACCGUUAUUUGUUAAGUCGAAAGAAGAUGGUAGUUGGACGACCGUUCAAAAUUCAACAUAUCAUUUUCAAGGGAAUUCGAACAGCAGUGAUAAUCAUAAUUUAAAUAGUAAACAUAAUUUUAGUGGAAAUAAUGUGUAUGGAGGCGGUGGCGGCGGAGGUAGCGGUUAUUUGAGCAGUUUCGGCAAAAGCGAUAAUGUGUAAUGAAACUGUGAGAAUGCCGUGGUUGCAUAUUGGAAUUGUGAAAUUAUUAAAUUUGGUUGGGGAAAAUUUUACAUCGACACGAAAUGGUAAGAGAUUUUUGUAAUAUUUUAAUGGACUAGAAACGAGCUGGAGCAAAUUCAUACCUUUCUCGCCAUCGUUUGAAACGUUCAUUUAACUUUCAUAACUGGGGUUUUUCUAAAAAAGAGAAUCCAUAACGGUAGCCAUUCACUAACAACAAAGUCAAUUUACGUCACAUCUUUCUUUAUUAACCAUAACAGCGAGUGUUCAAAAUCUCAAUAAAUAAAUUUCCAUUGAAAUCUAAACGGCCUAAAUUGAGUGAACUAUUCUCGCCCAUUCCUGAUUCACAGAAUAGGUUUUUACCUAAAAUAUGAGCCACUCUACCAAACCGUGUAUUGCAACGACAUGAAGUUUGUGGCACGAGGAGAAAACAUUUCAAAGCUCGCUCGCUUCGCUCGUGCAGCAAUCACUCGAGUUGCAAUUUUUUUCUCCGAUUAAAACUGUUUUUAUUUUUUUAAGAGGUGCUCAACGAUGACGGCCUACGAUGCCUAAUUUUAGUGGGGCUGCAGCACAAUUCGCUGUAAUCUUUUUCUUUAAUAUUAAAUUACUGUUGAGGCCGUGGUCUCCGUUGGAGAGACAUAAUAUUGGUAUAAAAACUGCCAAUCCAAUCCGCUCUGAUUUGAAGCAUAUGGGUGAACAAUGGUCAGGGUCAAUUCUAAUAAUAUGUGUAAUGUAACGUAACAAAUGCAGUAAAAUAAUGAUCUUUGCCAAGACUACCUAUACUGGUAACAAUGGUAACAUGAUUGCCGUUUGUGAAAGGUUAAAAGUUUCAUUUGCUGCCAAGAUUUGAUUCGAAUUUUUAUUCAAUGCUUAAAAUCGUGGACUAUUAUUCGAUGUGGUCCAACACAAAUAAGUCAAGCAUUACUGAAAGUCUGACACCAAAUUCAAAUUCCCGAAAACGGACAUCAUAAUUCAGCAGGAUUACUGAAAAAUUAUUUAUUAAUUUAAUUCAAUACUAACGGGCUAAUUGUAGGAAUUGUCCAUUAAAAUAUGAAGUGAAACAAUGCGAGUGAAUUACUAACAUUUUGUUCAAGUCAGAGCUUGGCUGAAAAAUGUCCCUCGGGGUUUCAAUAAAAAAAAAUUGUAAAACCCUUCAUUGUCACACAAAAAUUAAAAAGUCUUUCGGGUAUCGCUCUAAUACUCAUAGGGUUAGGCCGACCCUGUUGCUUGGAGUCUUCAGUGAUGUUAAUUUGAAGAUAUUGCGUUUUUGAUGUACAAUUCCUCUCGCCCAUCUCACUACAAUACAAGAAACGACUUAAUUUGACCAAAGGCAUUUUAUUUUCUUUUCGAUGUCAUCCUAGUCCAUUGAAUUUAUGUAAAGUGUAAAUCCUACGUGUGUGUCUCUUCCAAAUAAGUGAAUAAUUGAAAUUCAACGUUAUUCUCCUAUUAAACCGUGUACAUUUUGUAAAUGAAACCAAAAUUACUCCAAGUAAUAUUAUAAAUAUAACACAAAGGCAUAAAUAGUGUAGAGAACUAACUUGAUUUGUUUUUUAUUAUUAAAAAAAUUGAGAAAAAAAAAUUUAAAAAAAUUGAAACCUAAAAAGUAUUUACCUGAAACUGUAACGCUCAAAGUCAAUGUAAUAUCAGUCAUUAUAAAGUCAUUAUAGUUAAGCUUGGAAUAUUCCGAAUAAUAUAUUCGUUAAUCAAAACAUGUUGAUUAUAUUAUAAACAAAACGCAAAUAAAGUUACAAUUAUCGCGAGCAUAUUUACUUUUGCAUCACAUUUCAGCAAUGAAAAGUUUAUAUUGUUAUAAUUCCGAAACGUGCGGUUUUCUUCUAACAUAAUUAGUAUAAAUUAGUCGGUUAUAGUCAACGUUUACCAGUUGUAACGAAUAAAAUCUAACCGGUGAAAAGUAGAUUUUUUUGUGGUUUUAUAUAAUUGUUAUACAUAUCGUCUGAUGAUCCACAAUUGAUAAAAAUUUUAAUUCGAUUUUCGAGUUUAAGGUCAUUAGAUCAAGCCCAUUUUUGUUUACCUUUUUCUCUAUUCGUAUAUCGUCGAUUUAUUGGUAUGUACAUAGCAAUGCUCUUAGCAUUAACACUCGCAAGUCAAACGUUGAAAAGCUUCCAAUAUUUUAUACGUGUUCAAUUGUAUUCUGUCGUAACGACAGAGAUGCAGCGCCUAUUUUAAUUACAUCAGCCUCCAACUUUUUUUAAUGUUAUUGCUAGUAGCAGUGCUAUGACAUGAACAAAUAAUAUCCGAAAUGAUGCGCUCGAUACGCUCACACUGAAGACGCACAAUUUUUUGUUUACUGAUCGAGAGUGAGUUUAUGAAAGUUAUUCUUUCCCGGAAAAUUUCUGAAAUUGAAAUAAUGUUCAUUCGGGUACAAUGACUUACUGAUCAUAUCAGAUUUCGAUGCAAGCAAGUCGACACUUCAAGUUUAAGUUGGUUCAGUGAAAAAAAAAUAAUAAUUUAUAUUUUGUUUAGCUGAUUCGAGUAAAAGUCGUAAACUGCUGUCGACUCUCUUUUCGUAAAUUUUUUAUUUCAAUUAUACCGAUAUGACCGAUAUGUAAUGUCUAUGUAAUACAUAGUAUGACAAUACGCUUGACAAGAUCCGUAUAAAGUAAAGCAUGUACAAUCGACUUUACCACUACAUCAAGCGCUUGCCUCUGACUGUUUCACCCGUUUAAAGAUGUCCAAACACUUUUGUUUGUAUGAGUGCAUCAGCUGAAAAAUAUCUGAACCAAAAUGCCUAAUUUACAGUCUCGGAAUUAUAAGAAGUAACAAUUACAAUCCAAUCGACGCUAUUCAUUCCAUAUGCAUUAUGUUACGACAUUUGUGUAUGUAUAUGUGUGUAAAUCGCACGUGGAAUUAAUAACGUCGAUUGAAAUUUUUGAAAAUGUAACUUCUUAUAAUUCUUCCACCGUAUUUCAAAGUCGCCGACUGUAGGGAGGAUUGAUGAAGUUUGCAUGCAAGUUUAUUUGAAGAAUGCUAUACCGAUAGCUCUCUCACGCUUUAAUGCUUUACGAAACUUUUGAAUUUAAUCAUUUUUCAUAUCACAUAUCGUAGAACGUGACACCAUCAAUAGAUUGUAGACUUCUGAAAAUUCGCAGAAAGUUCUGAUGGUCCGUUCAUCAAACGAUGGUUAAAUUUUACAAUAAUCGAUACAAUAUCAAAAGCGAAUGUUUUAUCAACUGAUAGCUAUUGAUAAUAAGCCAAAUAUUGAUAAUUGAUAAAGACAAACUUACGAUUUCUCAAUUUAUUAUUUUCAUUAUUUGAAAGAUUAAGAUCGAUUCAUCGAACAUUAUCUAAUCCAAACUAUUUCAGUAGUUCCGGAACGUUGAUAACCGUUGAUAAAGCUGAUGCUAAAAUGGUUUGUAAAAAAAUAUGACUAAGCGCUCAGAUUAAAGAUAAUUAAAUCGGAAUACGCUAAUGACCAGCAAUGCUAAUUGUGUCUAUAGACUUGUUGGGAGCAAAUUCAAGCAAAUCCGUUGUUAUCAUUCGCAAUGAUUUAAAUUAUAAAUAAGAAAAAAACAAACAAACAAACAAAAUGAGUAAAUCUACAAACAUAAAUGUCGUGCAGUACUAAUUGAAUCUAUUUAAUUAAAAUGCAAGCAAAAAAAAACUUUUUAUUGGAAAAGUUCGUCAAGAAGUCAUGCUUUCACAACUCCUACAAACAACAUAAUACAUUCAUUCAUCUUAUGGUAAAACUUUUUCAAGUAAUGACUUUUUCCAAUUUUUUUCUCUCUCUCUCUCUCUCUGUCGAUUUUUUUCUUCCUUCAUUUGGUUUGGUUCCACUUCGGUGUACACUGGGUGCACCAUUUUUCCCCUUGUUAAAACGAAAACGAAAUAACGGAAUAUAAAAAAAGGAAAAAGAAAGUUUUCCAGUUUGAUUGACGUUUGUAGUUUAUUUUCGUACGAAAUUUAUUGCUACCAUGCCCAAUAACCAUGGAUUCGGAACAAAGUAGUUUCUUUUUUCUUUCAUUUUCAUUUGAUUUGGAGUACUAAUUGUUGGCUAAGUAGUAUUACUAAGUCAACACAUAAAAUUACUUUUUGUGUAUAAAGCUAAUAUCAAUUGAAAAUGUAAAUGGAACUUUUAUUGGAAUUGUGUGUACAUAAUACUUUCAAUGCUGGUGCAAGUAUAUGGGUGAACUGAAAGUUUGCAAAUAUAUUAUGUGUUUGUCAGCAAUAAAGACUGAAUAAAAUGGUAAUUUAUGUUUAAUUUGUUGUAUUCAUCAUCGGUUUGCUGAUUAAUAAUCAUAAAUGUGGAUGUUCAGAUAAUAUUCACAUCGCAAAGCGUACACACGAAAUUUGAAAAAAUGUGUACGGUCUGUACCCAAACAUCUACUCAUCAUCUCGUAAGACUCAUAAAAACUUAUUGCCUAAUGCAAUUUAUGCCCGAACUGAUCAUCCCAAUCUCAAUCAUUAAAGAGGGUUUUUUCGAAGAAAAACCAUGCCAAAAACGGACGAAUUUUUGCAAUAGGUCUCGGGUGUUGGGUAAUCUAACACGAAGCGAAAAAAUGGUAGUGUCAGGUAAAGUUGAAAUUAUGGAAUUUUUUGGAACCGCUUUACUGGAACUGGUCCGGAUCGAGGUCCGGACCAGAUCAGGUCCAUUGGUAUAUCAAGUAGUUAUGGGUAAGAUUCGGCUUAGAAUUCAAAAUAGAUUUUAGAAAAAAAAUGGUUUUUGCAAUUAUUUUGAAUUCGAGCAGAAAAUGUCAUCGAUCGUGAAAAAAUACGUCCGAUUUCGGCAGGUUCUUUUUCAAUAGAAUCCCUCUAAUCAAAAUUCAAUUCAUAAAUAAAUCAACUACCUCUCUCUUCAGAACAUUAACUUUUUUGAUUUUUCCUUUCUUUCUAAAGUUUGUACGUUCGUAAAUUUUUAUUAUUAAACACAAUAAACUGAAGAAAAAAGAUAUUUUUAAGCAAGUUUAACGUUUUUCUACUGCAAAACAAAUCAGCUGAGAAAUAUUAUUGAGAAAUGAGAAAGUUAAAAAUAAAAAAGAAAAAACCUAACCUUUUAACGCUUUUUGUAAAUACAUAAACUGAAAAAAAAUGCUAAAAGUUAAAAACAAAAACUAAGUGGAAACUAAAUAAAUUUUUGAAAAGAAAAUAAA